AUGGACCGACUGCUUUCGGGGCUGAAGCCGCGCCCGGAGCUGAAGCCUCCCGACUGCAUCGCGCGCUACGUCGUCGUCAAGCACUCAUGGCGCGGCAGAUACAAGCGCAUCUUGUGCAUCACGCCCAGCGCGCUGCACACGCAGAAUCCGGAGGGGCGGUUGGUCGUCACGAACAGCUACGUCUUCGCAGGG